AAUGCUCGAAACGGGGGGCUCCGCCGCAUCGCAGGAAGUAGUAAUCGUACCAUAUCUCCCGCUGCACAGGUCCAAUCGCCCUAACCUCUUUCGCAUCGUGUUAGCACAGUCCAUACCUUUCGUUCAAGCUAUCGUACGCUCACCUCCGAUAUCUCAGUGCAGAUAAAUGAUCAACAGAGGGGGUUCCGCAGCAUGUCGGCAGGGGGUAGACGUCAUUCAUCCCUCUAUACCUCCCGUCACAUAGCUCAACCAGGCCGAACCUGCAAUGCACCAUGUUGGCACGGCUCACGGCUUUCAUGCAAGCCAUCGCGCGCUCCAAUCGGACUUGUGCGUGCAGAGAAACCCUCACCAACGGGGGCUCAGUGACUCCAAGGCCGGUGGAGCAGAUAAGCGGCCAAACUCUUCGUACAGGACAUGGUUUGCCCUGCGCUUUGGGAUCAACUCCAGCGUUUCAACCAGAUGCUGGACAUUGACCACGGCAGGUUGGGGACUCGACCCAUUGUAGCCCGAAAAGCGUUCCAGGAGGAGGACCUGCAAACGUUGCUCGAUCCCAUGGAAGACGAGCUCCAGCGUGUUGGAGCCAGCCAGUACUACCAGCGGACUUGGAACUCAGAGACGAGGUGGGCGGAUCCACGCCAUACGAUGUCCAAAUCAUAG